AUGAGGAGAGUCUGCUUCAACCAGCCUGGAGGGUCCAGGACUGCAAGGAUCAGCCGCUCAAGUGUCCUGCCGCUCCAGGGUGUGACCACGAGGACACUCGGACACCACGGCCCUGGCCCUGUGCUGGAGGCUCCUGCUGGUCUGGCCUUUGUCCAGAGCUCUGAGGAUGCCUAUGUCCAUUUUGGGGGCUCUGGAGCUGCACACUCUGCACCCUCAGCACGUCCUAUGCCCUCAUUCUGCCCGAGCAUCAGCCUCAGUGUCACAACCAGGCUUCAGUCCCGCCUCCCCCACCAAGAGUCUCAGGAGGUGGGACAUAACUGUGACAAGCCGCUGGCGUCUGCCCUGCCUCCAGCAGCCUUCAGCAGCUCGUCAGAGCUGUCCAGCAGCCACAGCCCCGGGUUUGCAAGACUUAACCGAAGAGACGGAGCUGGGGGCUGGGCACCUCUCACAUCAAACAAGAACCAAUGGCUGCAGAUCGACCUUGGAGAGAGGGCAGAGGUCACCGCAGUGGCCACGCAGGGUGGGUACGGGAGCUCCAGCUGGGUGACCAGCUACCUGCUGAUGUUCAGCGACAGUGGCAGGAACUGGAAGCAGUACCGGCGCGAGGACAGCAUCUCGGGCUUCCCCGGGAACACCAAUGCUGACAGCGUGGUACAGCAUGGGCUGUGGCCACCUGUGGAGACGCGGCACCUGCGCUUCCUGCCCGUGGCCUGGAACCCCGACGGCAGGAUCGGGAUGCGCGUGGAGGUCUACGGAUGCACCCGCAGAUCAGAAGUGAUUGAUUUUGAUGGAAAAAGUUCACUGCUUUACAGAUUUGCUAAAAAUACCAGGAGUCCAGAAAAAGACAUCAUUUCUUUGAGAUUUAAAACGAUGCAGAGUGAUGGGAUUCUCAUCCACAGAGAGGGAGGCCACGGGGGCAGCAUCAGCCUGGAGUUAGUGACGGGGAAGCUGCUUCUACGCACUGGUUCAGGCACGGGCACCCCACCGUCGCCGCCCCCCGGGGGCCUGGUGCUGGGCAGCCUGCUGGAUGACGAGCACUGGCACACAGUGCUGCUGGAGUGCUCCGGCCGGCAGGUGAGCCUCACGCUGGACAGGCACUCGCGGCACGUCUGGGCACAUGGAGGUCGGAGCCUGCUGGACCUGGACCAUGAGAUCAGCUUUGGGGGGAUCUUAGCACCUGGAAAGCCAGUGACGUUUCAGAGGAAGAGCUUCCGUGGAUGUUUAGAAAACAUUAAUGUUAAUGGAGAGGACAUCAUUGACUUGGCCAAGCGGCACAGACCACAGAUCCUCAUUACCGGAAACAUCUCCUUCUCCUGCUCACACCCACAGACAGUGCCAGCCACGUUUCUGAGCACCAGGAGCUACUUAGCACUGCCUGGCACCCCCGGGGAAGACGGGGCUUCGGUCAGCUUCCAGUUCCGGACGUGGAACAGUGCAGGGCUGCUGCUGUCCAGCCAACCUCGCCCAGGCUCAGGGGGUCUCCUCCUCACCCUCAAGGAUGGGAGCCUCAAGCUGAGUGUGCACCUGCCCCCAGGACAUGCACAAGGUGACAUCACUGCAGGUGUUGGGUUAAAUGAUGGGCGGUGGCAUUCUGUCUCCUUGAUGGCUACAAGGAGCCACCUGAGCAUGAGGGUGGACGAGGACGUGGCCUCCACUGUCCACACUGUGGCCUCCGUGGAGACCUACUCGGGGGUCGCCUACUACUUUGGAGGCUGCCUCCCUCGCAGCUCCGGGCCUGGCUGUGAGCACACAGCGGGCGGAUUCCAGGGAUGCCUGCGGCUCGUCUCCAUCAGUGGCCGGGACGUGGACCUGAUCUCCGUGCAGCAGGGCACCCUGGGCAGCUUCAGCGACCUGCACAUCGACACCUGCGGCAUCCUGGACAGGUGUCUGCCCAACUACUGCGAGCAUGACGGCGUAUGCUCCCAGACCUGGACGGACUUCCGCUGCGACUGCUCCAGCACCGGCUACGUGGGCGCCACCUGCCACCGCCCGCUCUACGAGCCGUCGUGUGAGGCCUACAAGCACGGAGGUGGCCCGUCGGGACUCUACCACAUUGACCCUGAUGGCAGUGGGCCCCUGCAGCCCUUCCCCGCCUUCUGCAACAUGACAGAUGUCCCAUGGACUGUCCUGCAGCACAACGGCUCGGCCUUAACCAGGGUCGCGGGUGCAAGCAAGGAGAGCCCGCACUGGGCGGUGUUACAGUACACGGCCAGCGCGGAGCAGCUGCUGGUCACCGUGGCCCGAGCCAGCCGCUGCCAGCAGGAGCUCGUGCUGCGCUGCAGGAGGUCUCGGCUCCAGGACCCGCAAGACGGAACCCCACUGAGCUGGUGGCUUGGAGGAACCAACGAGACGCACACUUACUGGGCCGGUUCUUUGCCUGAUGCUCAGAAGUGCACCUGCGGGUUGGAAGGGGACUGCGUGGACCCUCAAUAUCACUGCAACUGUGACGCUGACCAGGAUGAAUGGGCUGAUGACACAGGUGUGCUUGCCUACAAGGAGCACCUCCCGGUCACACAGAUCGUAAUCACGGACACUGACCGUCCCGGCUCUGAGGCAGCGUAUAGACUGGGGCCUCUGCUGUGCCAGGGAGACCGAUCAUUUUGGAAUUCAGCUUCUUUCCACACGGAGACUUCAUACCUUCACUUCCCAACUUUCCACGGAGAACUCAGUGCCGACGUGUCUUUCUUUUUCAAGACAACAGCUUCAUCUGGGGUAUUUUUAGAGAACCUGGGGAUCACAGACUUCAUCAGUCUAGAGCUGCGCUCCCCGGUGGAAGUGGCCUUCUCUUUCGACGUGGGGAACGGGCCCUGUGAGGUCACGGUGCAGUCACCGGCUCCCCUCAAUGAUGACCGGUGGCACCUGGUCCGUGCAGAGAGGAACGUGAAGGAGGCGUCGCUGCAGGUGGACCUGCUGCCACAGGGGACACAGCAGGCACCCAAGGAUGGGCACGUGCUGCUGCAGCUCAACAGCCAGCUCUUUGUGGGCGGCACAGCCACUAGGCAGAGAGGCUUUCUGGGCUGCAUUCGGUCUCUGCAGUUGAAUGGAAAGGCUCUGGACCUUGAGGAAAGAGCCAAGGUCACACCGGGAGUGGAGCCAGGCUGUCCAGGACACUGCAGUACCUACGGCCACUUGUGUCUCCAUGGAGGGCAGUGCCGGGAGAAGCCCCAGGGGUUCGUGUGUGACUGUGAGCUCUCUGCGUACAGCGGGCCCUUCUGCUCCAGUGAGAUUUCUGCAUAUUUUGGAGCUGGCUCCUCUGUGACAUACAAUUUUCAGGAGUAUUAUUCCCUGAGCACAAACUCCAGCUCCCACGCUGCUUCCUUUCUUGGAGAUUUGACGCUAACCCGAGAGACGAUCUCGUUCAGCUUCCGAACAGCACAGACCCCCAGCCUGCUCCUGUAUGUGGAUUCCUUCUACAAGGAAUACCUUUCAGUUAUCCUCGCCAGAAAUGGGAGUUUGCAGAUUAGGUACAAGCUAGAUAUCCAUCAAGAUCCUGAUGUUUUAAACUUUAACUUCAAGAACCUGGCUGACGGGAACCUUCACCAAGUGAAGAUUAGCAGAGAAGACGGAGUGGUCUUUGUAGAGGUGAACCAGAAAAUGCAGACGCAAGUGAGUCUGUCCUCAGGCACGGAAUUCAAAGCCAUCAAAUCCCUCAUGCUGGGCAGGAUUUUAGAGCCCGGCGGCCACGUGGACGCGGACACUGCACGGGCGGGCGCGCGGGGCUUCCCCGGCUGCCUCUCCGCACUGCAGUUCGAGCGCGCCGCCCCACUGAAGGCCGCGCUGCGCCCCGGACGCCCCGGACGCGCCUCGGUGCGGGGGCCGGUGGCCCCGUCGGGCUGCGGAAGCCAGGCCUGGGACGGCUCAGCGCGGGAGCACCCGCACGCGCGAGCAGAACAUUCUGGUCCAGUGGACGAGGGAGAACCCAUGGCUGGCGCGACCAGGGCAGACUCCGCAGUGAUUGGAGGUGUGAUCGCUGUGGUGCUGUUUGUCUUGCUGUGCCUCGCAGCCGUAGCCAUCCGCUUGUAUCAGCAGAAGAGCUUGUACACACCCAGGGAGGCGAAACGGCCAGAGAACCAAGGCACCGCCGAGGCCGUGCUCAGGUGUGAGCUCAGGGCACAGAGCACGGAGCGUGGGAACCAGAAGGAGCACUUCUUCUGA